AUGGGGUGCAGACUUCUGCACUUUGAGGUCUUUUUAUGUUUAAGGCUAACCGAUCCAAUGACUUAAAAUAGCUGCCCUAGGACGAUGUAGGUGUUAAAAUAAAUUUGCUUAUUGCAUUACAACAUAUUUUUGCUUCUGUUAGUGAAACUGUUGUUAGAGAGGCAGUGGAUUAUUCAGUACCUUGGAGGUCAAACCUUGAUCUGGAUACAGCACAUACGUUGACUUGUGUAUCACUUGUCACGUCUGCAGCUUUGCAUUGCCAAACAGAUAGUAUGUUUGCAAUGGAUGUUUAGCUUGAAAGAUCACAGUCACUGCAACUUGAAAUUGGUAUUUUUUUUUUUCUGCACGGCGUGCUUGAAGCAAAGAAAACAAUUUGGUUUGUAUAAUGUAUGUUAGAUAUAAGAAGAUAUCCUUUAGAGUACAUAGGAUCACCUUUGAAGCCAUUUUCACCCUGUCAUGAAUAAUAAGUUGCACAAUAACAGGAAUUUCUUACAGCCGAUCUAAUCUCUACCCAACCAUGAGUUGGCUCUGAAACGAGAUAAGCCUAUCUGCUUUGAUUCAGGACAGGUGUCUCAUAUUUCCCUGUGACAUUACAGAGACUCAUGAUGCCUGGCAGUGUAACUCAGAGCAUACUACCAAGGCAAGUGAGAUAGAUCUGACUGCUUUGAGGGGUUUACCUAGUGAGCAAGAUGCCAGGCUGCUCCUGCUGCGUUCAGGAGGAAUCAGCAAAUUGAUCUGUGAGACUUCACUUGGGCUGCCAGUUAGUAAAUGGUGUCUCUGGAGGGUCACACGCGCACCUUGCUUUUUUCUCUGGACAGACACCGUAUCUUGUAUAUCUUCUCCUCUCCUCUUGCCAUCAGUUAAUAAUUUUGUCCUUAGAGCCUAUUCUUCCAGUAUGGAUACUUCCAUCCUUACAGUCUUCCAGUAUACAAUGGUAUUCCAUCCACCUAGACUGGUCGCUGUCUUUUUAGGUAUUCUGGUAGCCAGCCUACAGAGGGAACAGCAAAACAGAACGUAUGCUUUAAAGGCAAAAGCAACAAGGAAGAAAAAAACCCAACACAGUAUCUGCCCCCUGUUGCUCAACCCUCUUAGUCUUUUGUAAUGGGUUUUCCUGGUGUCUGUUAACAUCUAAUGGUUAGGUAUUUAAGAGGUAUGGGGGCCUUGGUGCCAGAGAUACAGGUGCAUUUGCAGUGCAACUCCUGUCUGGUAUCAUCCCCUUUCCUCUCAAUACAAGGCUGCUAGACUCAGCUGAGGCAAGACUGCAUAUGUUUAGUGGGUCCUGCAUUGCCUUUUGUCUGUGGCAGGAGUGUCAAGGCUAGGCUGAAACAGUUGGUUCAUGAACACAUAGCAGUUAUCCCCAAACAGGAGCAGAUGGACUCCUAGUGGUAGAUGCCAUCUCAGGUUCUCCCUGAGACAACUGGAAAAAAGACCCUGGCUGACCCAGCCUGGGGCUGGUACUGGUUGUUCUGCAAGGGGCCGGGUGAUGUUCACUGCCGUGCUUUUUACCUUCAGUGGCAGAGAGGAAACCUUCUACUGGUUUGCCUUCAUGCAGCUGUGAAAAUGGAUGGUCCCAUAUCCAUGUUUCGUGAGAAUUAAUGGUUCUUCUCAAAAGAUGCCUGAAAGUGUAAACAUCCAGAAGGGAAAGGAAAAAUCUGUGGUGCUUCAACUGGAUUUCUUAAGAAGUAACUGGACUGGGGGAAGAAAAGGAACACUACCUUAACCUGACUUCAGCUUUUUGUUACAAAUAACAAUAGCAGCAGCAGUGAGGGGGUGGAUGGAUGAGCGUAAAGGAACUACUAGCUAUCCAGUCUGUCACUUAAAUGGCCAGCCUUGAGCUAUUUUAACGUUUCCAUUUCUAAAUCUUGUUUCCUGUGUGUUCAAACGUGGCCCUGCUCUGUCCAUGGCUGUGCUGGAGCAUUACGAGUCCAGGGUGCCCAUAAGACCCUUAGGGUCUUCCCAGGCUUAUUGUAAAAACUUGUGGAGGAUUCCUGGAGGCAUGCUGUGCAUACCUUGUCUAUGUUAUAGCUUCCUAGUAUAACACACAUUCCUGAGGAAGCUGAUGACAACGUCAGCAGAGCCGGUGGGAGCCCAUUUCCCCGCAGUGACACCUUCAUGGAAGGAGAGGCCAGGUCUGCUCAGGCAGCUGCGAGUCAUUCCUCAGAGGCUGCUCUUUCUAGGGCACUGGGCUGUCUGGUGCAUCCCGCAGCCUAUUUGUUGGUGUAUUAUCAACUAAUUUAAAAUGACUCAAGCCCUUAUCAAGCACAUGAGAGCAAAGUAUUAGCGGGCAUGAUGACAAGGAAGAAUUUAUGAGCAGCUUCAUGAAGCCAAAUCCUCAGGAGCUAUUGAAACCAUAAUUAGAUUUGAAGAUAAUGUGAUCUUCCCUCCAUUCCCACUCCACCCUGCCACCCCCCUUCUUGCUUUCUAGUAGGAAAACAAGGAAAAAAAUACAGCACUCAGCUCAUUCUCGUAAAGUCGGCGUGGCUGCAGACACUUUGCUCAGCAACACAAAGGGAUUACAACUUGAUACUGAGUGGCCUGGGAGAAGCAUAUGCACGGAAGUCUUUUGCUGUAGACCAUGUGCAUCCCUUAUGUGUGCCUUGAAGAGGCCUCUCAGGCUGUAAGAGCAAUUAAUAAUGAAAUCAAUUAAUAAUAAGAUCUGCAAUGUGAGGAGAAAACUAGUCAGCAUUUUGUUAACAGGUAGGAUGUGAGCAAACCAGCAGGGGACAUGCCGAUUGUGUCUGAUUCGUGUUGUCUCUAUAACUCCAGCUAAAGUUUUCACAGCACAAGACGAAUCACCCACUCUAACAAACAAACAAACAGAUCAGCAUGGGGUUUAUUAGAAUCAGGCUGGCAUUUAACAAUGUCAGGAGUGUAUUUAUCAUUAAGCAGUAGAUUCCACAAUCUAAAUGGAAAACCAUUACCCCUCCUUGGACACCAAGCAAAGUACGACCAUAAAGCCACUUGAUCAAUAUAUUGCAUGCUUGCAUGAACACAUAGGGUUUGCUAUUAGGAUAAACUUGUUUACUGAAAGGCUUGUGCAGCACUGGAAUAGGCUGCCCAGGGAAGUGGCUGAGUCACCAUCCCUGGAGGUCUUCAAGAAAUGUAUAGAUUUAGAACUUCAUAGCAUGGUUUAGUGGUAGACUUGUCAGUACUAGGUUAAAGGUUGGACUAGAUGAUCUUAGAGGUCUUUUUCAACCUGAAUGAUUCUAUGAUUCUGGGUAAGGAACAGAGAAAUUGGUUAAAAGAGAUUGCCUAUGAGCCAGGGUACAAAAAACAUACAACAAAACUCUGCACUAGAAACUCAAACUACCUUCUAAUGUGCACUUUGUAUUUUUAGCCUAGAGGUUGCUCAGAGUCCUUCCCUUUUCCUUGAGACUGCUUUCCCUGUCCUUAGGAAGACCAAUCAGUAAAACAUAUGGUAAUACACAGCAAACAACUUGGUUUCAUUUAUCGCUACAUUAUAGUACCCAGUAGGGAAGCAUAAAUAAUACAGAUCCAGAAGGCUAGUACUUAAUAUAGCAGUGUUUCAAGGUGGAUUUGUGGGAAAGGCUUGGGGGCUGGCUAUGUCUUCAGCCCAGUUUUCCAGGUCCAAAGUAUUUCUAUUGGCCCAGUGAACAUACAACCCUCUCUCAACUUGUAGCACAGCCAAGGAACUCUACUCAUUUGUUUUGCAGUUCUGCUACUGCUGCACAUGCAAAAUGGCAAUUAUAGCAAUAAUCUUUUGGUCUAAAUAUGGGAAAGAGUUGCUGGGCACAGCAGUCUGAUUGAUGUGACUGUCUGCAUUCAUGGGCUGUCACAAUUGGCUUUAAUCAUCACCAAAAAAUCUUUUUGCAAUUUAUAAGGCUUUCUCAGCAUAUUUUUAGCAUAUUCUCCUAAUUGCCCUGAUGAAAGAAAGCUUGAAAUAUGACAAGGCAGAUUUUCAAAAUUUAGAAGCCAACCUACAGAAUGAGCUGAGAGCUGAGGCAGCCAUGGAAUAAACAUGACAGACUAUGUUCACCUCUUCCUCCUACCCUCCUACCCUCCCCCCCCCUUUUAUUUUUUUACCCAGCUGUCUAAGAAGACCUGAUUUCUGAAGUUUCAGAAAUAUACAGAUUUCUUAACUAUUCAUAAUGUCACUUACAAGUCAUUUCCUUCAUCUCUUAAUUUGGGGAUUUGUUAAUACACUAGACCGGCAGUGUGAGAUGCAGGUUAUUCAGAAUUAGCACAGGUCUUAAAACUUGCUUUUCACCAGAGGUUGCUUUGUAAAAAGUAAAAUGAACCAACUGACUUUUCUGGUCCUGUUUCUUGUCAUGUAUUUGGAUGGGGGAAGCGCCAAACAUCCAUUUGAAUGUGCUGGAAACUCGAGCCAGUCCAUGAAACAGGACUGUGGGGCAUAAGGUCUGGAAUUGGUCUGGGGCACAGAUCUGAAGUAUAGCAAGACUAUUUUGGUUCUCCUCACUUGUAUUGCUCAGUUUGUGCAAUUAAAUUUAACGUCCUUUUCUCUUUCCUUGCCUUCCCAUCAGGCUGUUCCAUUACUUAACAUGGUCUGUUACUGUUCCCUAAAUUCUCCAUAGCCGCUAUUCACAAUCAAGUCGUAAGAGCAGAUUUGGUAUCAUCUCAACUGGAAUGGUAAAUACUUCUUGCACUCUGAUAGCUGGGAUUUUAGCCAUGCAUAAUUUUUACAUUAAUUAUGUCAUUACUGUUUAAUUGCUGCAAUUAGCAGCAUCACUUUCUCUGAGCCAUCACUGUCAUCAUAUGGCAUCAUAGCAGACUCUCACUUCAGCAACCAGGCUCUCAACUGGAGGGGCAAUUUAUGUUGCUUCUCUUGUAUGAGACGUCUACAUAGAAAAUAAAAUACAUGAUCCCUAAAUGACAGGUCUCCCCAUUGUCUACUCCAACAUAACUAUAAGCAGGAAGAUUAUCUUCAGAGGAUGUCAAAGAACUGUGUUCAAUUAACUGGCAGAUAGAGAGAACCUGAGCUGUUACUUCUUCCCUGGGAGGGCACCUAAAGCCCUGCAAGGCAAGCGUAAAAUGGCACCUCUCUGAAAUGUUUGUUAUGUCCUCUUUGUGCAACUCAGGAUAGCUAUGCAAAAACAGGGAAGCUAGAAUUGGGUCUCCAAACCUGCAGUUUAAGGAGCUUCAUAAAUUGAAUUCAGAUGUCACCAUGUGUACUCAGGAGUUGUCAGUAAAUCCCACCUGGAACUGAUAUCCAGGUCAUUUAGGUCAGGAAAUGAAGACUGGGCUGGGAGUGUCUAUCAGGAGCCUUAUCAUCAACGCUGACCUAAUUAAAAGUGGGCUUCAAAAAGCCUGCUGACAUAAUAGCCUGGCUGGUCACAUACUGCAGGAAAUGGAUCACUUCAUAGCCCUUUGGAUGGUGCUUCUGGAAGACUAGAGUGCUUCCUGCUGUCUGGUGAAGAUGUUAGAUGGUGGACUAGAGAUGGCAGUGUCACACGGAUAAGCUGCUAGCAGCACUUUUUGAGUGUUGUACAAAGCUACCCUCGUCAAACACCCUACUGCAUCUGCAAUGGGGAGGCUCUCUGUGCAAAUCCAGUAACAGGUGCUGACCUCAGCUUCGUAAGACCUUUGGAGAACCCUAUCAUGAUGAACUGAAUGGAAGCAUCUCCUUUGCAGGAAGGGUCCACAAUGCUCAAUCCCAGCUCUGCUCUGAGGUUGGAAGAAGGCUGGCAAACAGCCGGGACAACAGGAAGCCUCCAGAACCUGAAAAAAUUUAAUAAUCAGGACUUCAGCCGCCUGCGAGCCUUGUGUCUGAGCCAAGGCCGGCUGUUUGAGGAUGACACCUUCCCUGCUCACAUCAGCUCCGUCGGUGCCAGCCUGCUCCCAGAGGACCAGCUGCAGCAAAUAGAGUGGAGGAGGCCAACUGAACUUCGAAGAAAUCCCUGUUUGAUCAUGGAUGGAGCUAGCAGAUUCGAUAUUAUUCAAGGACAAAUAGGUGACUGCUGGGUGCUGGCUGCCCUUGGCUCCCUGACAAUGCAGAAGCAAUUUUUGGAAAAUGUUUUACCAAAGGACCAAGGAUUCCAGAAUGAUUAUGCUGGGAUAUUCCAUUUCCGGUUCUGGCAAUUUGGAGACUGGAUGGAUGUGGUGAUAGAUGACCGUCUGCCUUUCCUAAAUGGGAGCUACCUGUCUGUACACCCUCGAACAUCAAAUGAAUUCUGGCCAUCCUUGCUGGAAAAAGCAUAUGCCAAAUUAAGGGGCUCCUACCAGAACUUGCAUGGAGGCUACAUUUCUGAUGCUUUAGUAGACUUCACAGGUGGAGUCCAAGUUCAGUUUUCAUUAAAGAACCCCCCUCCUGAUCUGGAGGAGAUAUUGAAAGCUGCUGGCAAAUCUCAUUGUAUGAUGGGGUGUAGCACCUCAGGACAGCUGAGGAACAGAGAAAUGAGGAAUGGAAUUGUACAAGGUCAUGCCUACACUGUCACAGGAGCAGUAAAGAUACGCUACAAGAAUGGCUGGGAACACAUCAUCAGAAUCUGGAAUCCAUGGGGCCAUGGGGAGUGGAAGGGGCCCUGGAGCGACAACUCUCCAGAGUGGAACCACGUUGAGCCUCAAAUCAAGGAAGACCUCUGCAGAAAUAAAGAUGAUGGAGAAUUCUGGAUGUCCUGUGAAGACUUCUGUGAGCAGUUUUCCUGGCUGUGUAUAUGUAACAGCACCCCAACGUUUCUGGACUUUGGAGAUCAGUGCGGCACAACGUGGUCCGUGGACAGGCACAUCUACCUGUGGAGUAAUUCACUCUCCAUAGGCAGGAACAACUCUUCCCUCGGUGCAGUUUCAAAGAACCCUAAGUAUUUCUUCGAAGUGACAAGUAAUGCCCCCAAAAGCUAUAAUGUCGUCAUUUCACUCAUGCAAAAACAUGCUGAGGGUUUGCAGGAUGCACAGACAUUGAGGAUUGGCUUUUCGAUCACAAAGAAGAACUCCAGAGUUCUGAAACAAGACUUUUCUCUUACUCGAGAUGUCACCAACUACUUUACUUUGAGUCCAGGAACCUAUGCUGUCAUUCCUGCUACAACAGAGCACCAAGAUUUUGAAUUUGUCUUACGAAUUUUCUUGAAGAAUGAAUGCUACAAUGAGAACUCAGACUCCCUGCUCAACCCAAUGCUGCCAACGGUUGUACCAAGACAGAACCAAGACAGCUCCUAUAAGGCUCUCUUCCUAAGAUAUGCUAAGCAGGGCUCCGCUAUUGAUGCCUUGCAGCUGCGACAACUCCUUAACGAAGUGGUCCUGCAAGAUGAAAUGGCCAGCCUUGGAGGAAAAUUCAGCUUUGAUUCAUGCCGAGGCAUUUUAGCUCUGAUGGAUACGAAUUCGAAUGGAAGACUCACACUGCAGGAGUUUGGGAGCCUCUGGCAAAAACUCACCAAGUACAUGGAUCUCUUCAGGAGGGAAGAUAGAAAUAAUUCUGGAUUUCUUGACAUAUCUGAACUGAAGAGUGCAAUACAGACAGCAGGUCUGGCCAUCAAUGAGCAAGUCCUGCACCUGGUGUCCCUGCGGUUUGGUGAUGUUACCAGGAGAAUCGGCUUCUCUGACUUCAUGUGCUGCAUGCUGCGCCUUGAAACCAUGACCUGUGCAUUUCAAAACUUGGCAAAUGGUGGACCACAAAUUUUGGUGACGGCAAUGGAGUGGCUGACCCUUGUCAUGUACAUCUGAAGACUUGUCCGAGCUCUGUGUGGCUGUUUUAGGUGGCUUUUCUGCUCCUUGGUGUGAAACAGCUUGAAGCUAUCCCAUACAAAAGCCAUCCGUGGGGCUCUUGGAAAAACAGUAUCUGUGAAGGCAUGAAGUCAGGCUUUCUUAUGGAUAUUCACUUAUGCUCGAUGGCACUCAGAUGUCUGGACUUACAGUCCUUCUCAGGUGGACUGGAGUUGUUUUGGAGAGAGAAGAAAGAUCCAUGGGUAGUACUGGUAGUACUUCAUGGCCUAGGCAGGCUGGAAGUGCUGACUGUAAUCGCCUCUCAUCUUUGUGUAAAUAGUGUGGCCGGUUUUCCUGCCUCACAGAAGUCGGGAACAGCUCUGUUAGCUCCGUUGCAAAUAAGAACAGAGUCAGGCCCUUUAUUUGCAAGGACUGUUUAUUGCUUAGAUAAUAAAACCAAUUAAGACCGUUUUUUUGAAUUAAUUCUUAAUUUGCUUUUGUGACAUUUCUAAAUGCCAGAAAAAGGUUGGAGAAAUUAUUUGUAAUUAAUGAAUAGCACCAGGAGCUUUGCCAUUUUUUUACACUUUAUUAAAAGAUAAGGAAGUCUUAUGUAUGUUCCUCAGCUGUAGGGAUUCAACUUUACUUGCUACGUAAGUGAAGAGGCAUAUUAGAAACAUAGAACAUUGUUCAGUGGUUUUUGUCUGAUUUCCAGCAUGUGCAUCAGGACUGUUUGGGAAGAGACACGAUUAUCUGAAUUGCAUUCUCUUUCUCUGUCGUGAUGUCUUUAAAAGGGCCUCUUCUGAUAAAAUUGCUGCUCAAAUAUUUAACUUAAAUAUGCUAAAUAACUGUAGCCUCUCAGUAGCCCACACACAAACUCCACUUCCAUACUUUUAUCAUGAUGAUAAAAGCAAAUCUAGUGAUCUAUUCCAUUCAACUAUUGAAUAAAAAAAUCUCUGAGGUCUCUCUUUGUGUAAAUGCCAAAAAGAUGGAUGCAAAUGUCGAUGGAUGAAAGCAGUUCCGGGUAGUCAUGGCAAUAUCAUUCAUACCGUGCCUCACCCAGACCCUCUGCACAAUUUUCCAUCAAGGUAUCCACACACAAGCCACAGAUUCACUCGUCUGGCAGUAAGAUGUUACAUGCUGGAGCAACAGCUACAUCACAAGGUAAAGUCAUUUUGCAGCAAUGUCGCAUUCUGCAGCUCGGAGAGCAUUACUCAUGUAGGUAAGUCUUACGCAAGCAGGGCCACUGAACCCACCCUUUCACAGAAAAUGUGGGGCAGAGGGAAAUCAGUAAAAUUACACUACUCCGAUAUUUUUCAGUCAUUUUGAAACAAACCAGUAAGAUUAAUGCAUAAAGAGCAAUUGUUAAAACCCUAUUUUGCAGACAAUAUAUUACUUUUCCUGUAGUUGGGAUAGAUGUAUUUGUAUGGAAGGUAAUUCUGCCUGUCAGGAGACAAAGAUCCUUGGCUCUAUUAAUUCGGUCUUGCACAGACUAAAAUGUUUCUUUUUUAUCAAUGCAGACAACAGACAUCCCAGGUGAGAAACACCACUGAUAUAUAAGGUUGAGGUAUGUAAGAGGGAGGUUGUCUCCUCCUCCCCAGACAGUGGAGAUGGUGGCUCUUCUCCCGCCAGGGGCUGCAUUGAUGCACAUGCGCAGAGGACUUGCAGCCUGUGACUGCAGCAAACACGGCUGGAUAGAAGCCGCCUUUACCUGCAUCACACCAACCCAAGGCAAAGCCUUUCUGGCAGGUGUGGUGUGUGCACACCAGAGGUCUCAGUGACGAACCUGCAUCUCCAGGUUUGCAGCAGUGACCACUGUUACGCUGAACAUAGCUGCCUGUCUGUAGCAUUGGAAGAACGGGUAUUCCACUCGAUUUACA